AUGGAAGCGCUCCCAGAUGUCGUGCCUUCCGUUGAGGCGCCGCUCUCCACGCCGGAUGACUCUACUACGAAACCGGCUCUGACGCCGCCCACGAGUGAAGACAACGACAAGCGAUUUGAGAGGAUGUCGUCUGAACUAUCCGAACUCGACGACAGCGAUGAUGGCGAAGACAUCGAACCCGAUCAUUACUUUGAAGGAGGAAAGAUACCCGUGUUCAAGCCGACCAUGGAUCAGUUCCGCAACUUCAAGCGCUUCAUCGACAAGAUCGACAAGCAUGGAAUGAAGUCUGGUAUUGUUAAAGUGAUUCCGCCAGCGGAAUGGCGCGAAUCCCUUCCCGAUCUUACUGAAGCCGUCAAGAGCAUCAAAGUUAAGAACCCGAUUACGCAAGAAUUCGCUGGACAGCACGGCAUAUAUACACAAGCCAACAUUGAGAAACAACGGUCAUACAAUCUGCCGGAAUGGAGAGCUGUAACGGAUGAGCCGCAUCACCAGCCCCCGGCCAAGCGAGGCGAGCGUCGGAAAGCUGCUGCGGAAGCCCCAUCUCGUACCCGUUCGUCUCGCGCAGCACCUGCGAAUCGCGAUGCCUUGCCAGCUCCUAAGCGCGGACCCGGUCGACCAUCGCGAAAGCGCCAGGUGAAGAAGGAACCAGUCGAUGACGAGGAUGAAGAUGACAGCUCUCUUGAAGUCCCUCCCACACCCACGUCGCCCGGAAAGGAAGAGAAGAAAGCACCAGCGAGGAGGGUCAAGAAGGAAGCGCGUGAUACAACACCUGCUAGGGCACGCGGUCGGCAAACUAAGACAGCCGACGAAAAGAAGUCUGUCUCUUCACGACGCUUGAAUAACCGUGGUGCAGUGGCCGACUACAUUGACGAGGCUGCGUUUGAGGACUUCGAUUACCAUCUACCUGGCCUAGAGGAGUACACAGUCGAGCGAUGCAAAGAACUAGAGGACAACUACUGGAAGACGAUCAACUAUGGCUCGCCCAUGUAUGGAGCCGAUAUGCCGGGCUCUCUGUUCGAUGACUCGACCACCUCGUGGAACGUUGCGAAGCUGCCCAAUCUCCUGGAUGUUCUUGGAACCAAAGUACCUGGUGUCAACACAGCCUACCUCUAUCUGGGUAUGUGGAAAGCUACUUUCGCGUGGCACCUGGAAGAUGUGGACCUUUACAGUAUCAACUACAUACACUUUGGUGCUCCCAAGCAGUGGUACAGCAUAUCGCAAGAGGAUGCUCGUCGUUUUGAGGCUGCCAUGAAGACCAUAUGGCCAAAUGACGCGAAGCAUUGUUCGCAAUUCCUCCGUCACAAGACUUAUUUGAUCUCUCCUCAGCGUUUGGAGAGGGACUUCGAUAUCAAGGUCAACCGUUUGGUUCAUUACGAGGGCGAGUUUGUCAUUACCUAUCCUUAUGGUUACCAUUCUGGUUACAACAUCGGCUACAACUGCGCCGAGUCGGUCAACUUCGCGAACGAGUCUUGGCUGAGCUAUGGCCGGAUCGCGAAGAAGUGCAUGUGUGAAUCUGACAGCGUCUGGGUCGAUGUCAACGAAAUUGAGCGCAAGCUGAGGGGCGAGCCAACUCCAGAAUACUACGAAGAGACUGACGACGAAGACGAUGAUGACGAUGGUGUGGAUCGACUGCCCAGCCCUCCAGCUAGUGUCGCCGGUAAGACGAAAGGAAGACCAGGACGUAAGCCAGCCGGCAACAAGAGGAAGCGCGGCAAAGAGGAUCCCAAGGAGACGUCGCGACCAAAGAAGCUCAAGCGCAUUCGCAUCCGCAUUAGGAUUCCAGGACGGGGUAUGCCCUGCAUCCUCUGCCCCAACGAUGUGGAAUAUGAUGAUCUGCUGCCGACUGAUACCGGCAUGCAGGCCCACCGGAUUUGUGCGGAUUAUACACCUGAGACUUACAUUGUCAACAAGGGCGAUGUUGAGACGGUGUGUAAUGUGGCCAAUAUCGGCAAGGAUCGUUUGGAGCUCAAGUGCAACUACUGUCGGUCCAAACGCGGCGCCGUCUUCCAGUGUUCGCAGAAGAAGUGCACCAGGGCCUUCCAUGCUACGUGUGCGGUGGCCGCUGGUGUCCAGGUCGACCUUGGUCCUAUGCCUACCUUUGAUGAAGAGGGUACAGAAUACUUUUACGAUGGCUACGACUUCCGAUGCCGCUUCCACCGACCGAAGAAGCGGAACAACAAGACUGUCGAUGUGGAAGCAUUGGAAAAGGACAAGUUCGUCUUAGCUUAUGGUAAGACGCUCAAACCCAAGGACGUCAUCCAGUUCCAAUAUGUGGGCGGCGAGAUGUACCAAAUUUACGGUGCACAGGUCGUAGAGAACAGACCUGGUGAGCAGGCUGUACUGGUAGAUGUGUUACCUGAUGGUGAUCGUGUCGAGGUUGAGUGGAAGUAUAUCCUCAAGCUGCACCCUGACGAAUCGCAGCGACUGAAGCCAUCCGCAAACGCUAAGCCACUUCCUGAACACCUCAAGGAGAGCGAUGCAUCCCUUGACAUUACGAACCGCACCGAUGGUGUGCCUGAGAUGGGCGAUCCUUUCCACGAUCCCAACUCUGAACACAAGUGGGCUGAGUGGUACACUGCUCCUGAGGUUACUCAGCGGGUAGCGAGAGUUGACCUGGGCAAGGAGGAUCGGCUAUGGUACUACCUUGGAAAGCCUUCGACUGAGGCUAGGCCACAGUAUACCGAGAAUCCUGCGAAGCCAAGGAACAACCCCAAGAGCAACUUUCUCGAUACCGUUAAGCCUCCUCCGCCGCCAGUACCAGCUUUCCACCGUACUUCUUACCCUGCCUCAUACCCGAUCAAGCCUGCUCCGAUCGUGGUACCUCCACGUACACCGAUGCAACAUCAAGUAUCAGAUGGUCGACCAUACGCCUACAAACCGAAAGAGUCGAUGGUGGGAUCAUUUAGAUCGCCGGUGUAUAACCCUGAUACUCGCAAGAACCCCAACUCGCCAGUAGCACACCAACCCAACGUCAGCUACGAUCAUCGCAUGCCACAAGGACAGUACGGACAACAGUCGUAUCAGGGCUACCAUUCCCAUCGGCCGCCGCAAUCUUCGCAACAGCAGGCUCAGUAUCAACCAUAUGUGCCGCCACCAAACUACUCCAAUGCCUCAUGGAAAGCACAGCCAGCAACGUCUGGGCCCUUGCUCAAUGGAAUCGACAAGUAUGCGCAGCCGCCAUACCCAUACUCUCAGAGCCCUGGUCGGUUGCCACCCUCGCCAUACUCACCAGUUGUGGGACAGAACGCUAUUCCGUCUUAUGGCCCACCAAGCCGUCAGACCCAGGCGUCACCACAUGGUCGCUCCUCGAUCUCUAAAUUACCGAGCAACCCUACUGGGACUCCCAAACCUCCAAUGUACGCCGUCACACCCUCCUCUAACAUCAUUUACGCUGCCCAAUCCCCUACUGAGUACUUGAAUUACGUUAUGAAUUUCCCCUACCUCAGAAACUGUUAUCUGCGAAGGACAAAAACUUACAUAUCACCCUAUAGUCUGGAUGGUGGGAUUGCACCUGAAUGGAUGCCAAAGCCGCCGACGCCGAGAGCCAGUGGUACACCUACCUCCAUCGCACCAAGGCCUAUUGCUCCGCAUGGAGCCGCGCCUUCUCCUGGAUACUAUGGACCGCCACCAACAGGUCUCCCUGCACCAAGACCAUCAGCACAGUUCCAAUCUCCGGAUGCCUUCCAGCGCGAAAUUACAAGGACGACACAAGCCCCGGAAGCACCGAAGUGGGAGCAAAUGCUCAAACAGCUCGCUACGUCAGCAGGCCCUACAGCCACACCUUCCAUGGCCACGCACUCGCCACAGGCACCACAACCGCGCUACCCGCCCCCGGGACCUCGCUCUGGUACGUCGUAUGACAUACCUAGGAGUAUGCAGGCAUCGCCGAACCAAACCCCGCCUCUACCGCCAUCACGCGAGCCACAGCGACCGACACCCAGCCCCAUUAGCGAUGAUGGCAAAAGUGGUCUUGUAGCUGUGCCGAAAGAGCAGAAGCCAGUGCUACCGCCACUGGAGCCUGCGUCGAAUGUUCAUGGGGCAGAGACAUGGCGCUAUUCGUCUUAG